AUGGAGCCCCUUCUGCCUGCGGUUGAGCGAGAGGCUGAGGAUAACGAUGCCAAGAGGAAGAUCCAGUUCUCGGUGCCUUCGGCGGUACCCAUACAGUUGGACCCGCGACAAGUAGAACUGAUUCGACGUAGAAGGCCCACGCCUGCCACCCUCUUCCGACUGACGGACCCGCCGUCGCCAGAAGACGAUAGCGGAUGUCAUCAGUGGCUUGCUGGAGAAAACCGAGUCCUUAAAACCAAAACAGUCAACAACACGUCAAGCACCUACCAGCCACCUUCGCUCAAAGCCGUGCAGAGAAUGGCCCAAGCGCACCUAUCUUCUAUAGACAUGAACUCCGUGGACCAGGAUGAUCCACCAUCUGGAGAGGAAGAAGAGGACGUCAAGAGCCCGCAGUUAGAUUCAGAUACUCAAAUUCAAAACAACGCGCAGAGGGAUCGUUAUCCAUUGCCGGACGUGUUGAGAGCAACAGAGGAGGCUGGAGAAGAAGAGAAAGAAGAUCGGCGGAAGGUCUCUUUUGCGUAA